AUGUCCUCUUCUCACGAUGGUGCUUCGGAGCGUCCUCCUCCUUCCGAUCUUCCCGAUUGGGCAUCCAAUAUCGACGACCAGGCCAAAUGUUAUAAUUGUACCAUGAUGAAACCAAUUUGGCAGUAUAUGAGCAAACGCGACGGCCAAACCCGCGUAAAGACAUAUCUAGAUUGUAGAGACAAUUCUAAAGAUAGAAAGAGAAUACAACAACGCGAAUCGGCUGCUUCGACGUCUGCUCUUCCGCGAAGACGCGACGCGACGCCACCUAGACCACCUGGUCCUCCUCAUUAUAUUCCUAUACUUCCUCGUCUAGGUUGGCAACAUAUCCAAGUACCAGGUUUCGUCCCCAUCACCUCGUCCACCCAUCGCUUCUCAACCCAACAUACCAAACGUCCCCAUCCAAAGAAUGGGACGACAACCGGCUGUCGAUCUACUUCGACAGGUAACGGAACGAGAUCGCCAACAACUUUCAGUUCCGCGCGACGCCUCUCGCGCGCUUCAAGACGUAGAGUCUCUUCUCUUCCAUUCCACGGCGUUUCCCACCCUACCAUUUCUCGUCGUGGGUCGAGCGCGUCUAUCCGUAGCGUCGCCACGCGAGGUUCUCUUAACGAUCGUCGACAGUCGGCGAUUCUCGACGCGGCGCAACCUUCACGGCAAAGUCCCCAGCGAUGGCAGUCCGGACGACGAUUGAAGGAAACAGAUGCGAAACUAUUAGAGUAUCGCUGUGUUUUCAACGCCAAGAUGAUCAAGUACUACACCGGUGCCAACCGGAUCUGGGGGUCAUCAUCCUACGCUCUCGUCUACGACGACAGACAGAAACACCCUGGUAGUUAUGGAGACGUUCUCGUCGAUCACGACCCCAGUUGGCAACUCCCAGACGACGGCGACGUCAUGAAGGACCCGCGUCUCAAUGAUUACAUCCUCGUCGGAGAUAACGACGUUGUAGACGAGGAGAUUGCCGACGAAGAACUGCAUACCGUACUUGCCAUGGACCGAAGCCAGGUUCGUGGAACGCAAGAUUAUCCGUCGCAUUCUUUUCAAACCCCUUAG